AUGCUUCCGGGAUCUGGUCCCGGUCCUGCUCCUUCAGCUCCUGGUUCUUCCAAUUUCAUUCAUGGAACUAAUCUUCCCUCUGCUUCUUCCCCUCUCAAUCCAGCUGUCAGUUCUUUAUGGUCGCUUAGUACUUUAGGAUGGCUUGAUGUGUGUUCAAUAGAUUUCAAACACUUCUACCCUACAUCAGUUCUUGAAACAGGAUCGUUUAGACAACAAAAAAGAAAUUUACAUCCAAAUCAGCCUGAGCUCAUAUCUGGUGAUCAAAAUGGGAAUAUUUGUGUAUGGGACUUGACUGCAAACUCUUGUAGCUGUGAGCUGGUACCAGAUGUUGAUAUAGCAAUGAGAUCAUUGACGGUGAUGUGGGAUGGAAGCUUGGUAGUUGCUGCAAACAACAAAGGAACUUGUUAUGUCUAG